AUGUCCGCCGUGCAAGAGGAAAUUGCCGACUCGUUUCGCGAUGUAUUUCUCAAAUGCGAAGGCAAGCUAGCUAACUAUUCUAUCGAUAUCUUAUUAGUCCACCAUGUCUUUGGAGGCACCACAAUUCCAAUACUUGAAGCUCGACAACGCACCGGGGAGAAAACAGCCGAUUUAUCAUACCGGAUGACAGAUCAGGCUGAGGGCGAGGAGAGGCAGCGCGGGUUUCUGCGCACGCAGCCCUCUUGUCCAGUAUCCCGACGAGCGAUACGUCCUGCUGGAUCGGACUCCAAAAAAGAGGCCAAUCAUGAUGAUGCGCAAGGCAUUGGAGUUGAAGAAUUGUACAAUGUUGAGUGGCACUGCAGGGUCACGAGUUUGCCUCAUUCAGGCUGUGAUGAAUUACCUUUAGUACGAGAUCUUCAGUCGCCUAUAACUGGGACUUUAGAACCACUAGGUAUUAUGGUCAUGGCUAAGUUCACCUACUCACUGUUAACUCAACCCGAUGACAUCAGGGUAUUGACUUUAUAUCCUGAUAACAGUAAAAGUGGUCUUGAAGGAUCCAUCAAGCACAGUCGGCUUUCUGUCAUCAAAGCUAGCCCACAUCAUAUCCACACACUGCGAAGUGAUCUCCAACCUUCAGAAUCGCAAUAUUUUAACGAUCAAUAG